GUUUUAUGCGGCCUGCGUAGUUCUUGGACUUCAGUUCCUUCAUGACCAUAAGAUUGUGUACAGAGACCUCAAACUUGACAACCUGCUGCUAGACACAGAUGGCUACGUGAAGAUCGCUGACUUUGGACUGUGCAAAGAAGGAAUGGGCUUUGGGGACCGUACCAGCACAUUUUGUGGGACUCCAGAGUUUUUGGCCCCGGAGGUCCUAACAGAUACAUCCUACACUAGAGCAGUUGACUGGUGGGGACUGGGGGUCCUCAUCUAUGAAAUGUUGGUGGGAGAG